CAGUCGACACACUGACUUAACGACCUUAUACGCUAAGUGGAUGGUAGAGCGAGGCUAUAUGCAUUGCACGUAUACGGACUUCAUGAUUUGAAAGGCCAAGCACGGAGCCCACAGAGGCAGGAUUAUCUACUGUUUUAUUUUAAUGUGAUCAACAAUUUACCCGUUUCUUACAGUAUGGAUAUUUCUUCGAUGUUAACCGUGGUGGGGUUGGUCGUGCUCAUACUAGGCAUGUCCAUGGCUGUACCCACACCAACUACUACUACCACCACGAACAGUAUUCUACGUACUACGGAUAUACUACCAGUGAACACUACCCAUCCCGACGAGAACAGGACGAUUGGGCUCUCCCGUGAACUGAGGAGUACAGUCAGUACAUCUAGAGAACUUGCGAGUUUAAAGCAGUUAUAUUGUAGAAGUGGUUCUCAUUUACAAAUAUUAAAUGGAAGUAUUUCGGGCACAAGAAAAGAUCACGACAAAUACGCAAUUGUAAAUGUCCUGUCAAUACGAAUACCAAGCAUCGUGGCAAUCAGGGGUGCUUACACCGGCUACUUCCUAGCAAUGAAUGAAAUGGGGCAACUUUAUGCAUCGAAGAAUUUAACUGAACACUGCCACUUUAGAGAAGUGAUAUUGGAAAACAUGUACAACACGUACGCAUCAGCCAAGCAUCCAAUGCGCAGUGACCGGGCAAGGAGGAGAAAAGAAAACAAAAGGAGGAAAGAUAGUCGGAGAAAGAGGAAAAAGCACAGGAAAGAAAAGAAGAGAGACAGAAAAGACAGAAAGAACUGGUACGUGGCUUUGGACAAGAAUGGGGAGCCGAGGAUAGGUCCCAAAUCUAAUUCAAAACAGAAAAUGUCGCAAUUUCUUGCAAGGCCGGUGGAUCUCCAAAAAUUGUCACCUAGGUUUAUGAAGUCGUACCAGAAUUAACUCCCUUGCCUGGAAACAAACGACUGUAGUUAUAAAGAGACAUACGCAAUUUCUUGAACGUUUACUGUGGAUAUUUUGUACAUAAUUGUAAGAUAACAUUCUAUUAAGUGAAGUAGACAAAAAUACAUUUUACUGUUGGUGAUGACGUGGACCAAUAUCUGCUUUGUGUGUGUGCCCAGUGUUGUGUGUAUACGACGCGAGUCCCGUAUCCAUGGAAACAACAACGUGCGUCCACUGCUUCCAAUCAUCAAAACUGAAACGAAUUCAGAAAUGGCUGAAAUGAAAGACGUCUUUAAGAAAGUAUGAAAAACUUGUAUAUGCUUGUAUGUAUUUAUUUUUCUAUUCAAAGAAGAAAUAUUAUUUAUUUAUUUAUUUACAAAGAACAAAAUCGUUUUUUUUUCUUCAUCAAGGCAACAUUAUUUUGCCUUCAUUAACACCGAAUCAUGUCUUCAACAAGUGCGUUCGUUUUGGAAUGCAUACGUGGGGGUUCAGCGACAUGUUGGUUUCACUAAAAUACAUGUAUAUGUGGGAUAACUUAGGCGAGACCAUUAUUUACAGGUUGGAAAGUCUCCGUGUUAGAACAAUACGUAAUACUGUUUUUUUUAAAUAUUUAUUUGCUUCUGCGCAGUGAAUUUUUUUUCGUUAAUGCUAUGCAAUCAGUGAACCGAAAUCCAUCCGGAUAAUAACUUUAUUGCUACGCCAUACGUGUGGCGCUGUCACAACUUAAAGUUAGUCGCACAUUUGUAUCAUCGUUCAUACAACCACGUGUGUGGUCGUUUCGGCAAUCAUGACGUGUGAACAGACACGAGUCACAUGGGUAGAUGUAACUCGUCCCACCCAGCAUGAACAUAUUUAACCCCACGUACCUCAUUUUGAUUUCCCGGAACGCAUAUCGGUCACGUGCUAGUAAUCAACGUAUCGACAAGAGUUAUUUGAUUGUAUAAAAAUGGUAUGAAUUCAAGGAAUAAUUUUGAAAAUAUUAUACAUUUUAUACAGAGGUCGAGUUAACACUAUUGCAAGUAGAUCCGUAGCUAGGGUUCAGAACACAAAAUCAUGGAAUUUCAAAAAAAUUAUACUUGUAUGACGUCAUAACACACUGCCUGCCAGUUCUGAGAUUUACUGAAGAACAUACUGCAAUAUUUUCUUUUUUUAACCAAUAAAAUGUGCGCUUAAAUGUGA